AAUCACACCACUCAUAUUUAUAAAAGCGAAUAUCUCGAGACCUCUGCAUUUCUUGCAGCUCUUCCCUCCCAGCAUGUCUUGUGCGGUGGUAUCAUGUGGAUUGCUUCUCGCGCUUGCGACGCUUACUGCGCAUGCCCAACUUCAGACACCACUUGCCACUACAACGGGAUGCCGAAGCCCGCGAUGUCCUAGCACCAAGUGUCAAGAAGUUUUGAACUGUCCUGGUGGUCUGGUGGUUGAUAACGAGAGAUGUCCGUGCUGCCAUGUGUGCGGUUUGCAGUUGGGAGAAGAAUGCUCGCCAGAGACGACUGACAACGUUACUGCCUUUCGAUAUUGUGACGCGGCGUCGGGAUUUACGUGCAAGAAGGUUUCGAAUGACGAUGGAAGUGGAACCGCAGUCGGUCGUUGUGUAGGGACACGCGUGCAGCCUUGUGUAGAGGGUCGUACGUAUGAGAAAGGAUGCUUGAAGUGCAAUUGUACGGAUGGGUCACUUAAGUGUGCGAAAAACAAGGGCAUUACUUGUCCGGCACUUACUUGUGGAGCUAGGGAGAGAUAUCGACCCGUUGACAAAUGCUGUGAAGUAUGUGCAGAGAUAUGCAGUUGUGAAGAUCCUGUUGUGCCUCCAGUAGUUGCUUUGCCAGGAGGUUCAUCUAUAUUUCAUGUUACAUUCAGAGAGGAAUUACGUCUCACAUUUGCUGUUGAAAACCUUGCUCGAGACCUUGCUCAAGACAAUAUGCUAUCCAACUUGGGUAUUUACCGCAAUGGACGUGAACUCUUGCCAACAUCUAAGUAUCUUUCAAUACAAAUCAUCCGGGUUGCUCUUUCACAAAGUGGUGCAAGUUUCCGUGAUGAUUUUGUCGAAAUCACAUUUGUUCUGGAGGCAGCAAAGAAGACUGAUAGUGGUAACUACACGUUGGCGAUCGAAAAUCGUAUAGGAACAACUAGUACAAGUUUCAUUCUCCAAGUGAUAAAACGCAGGUUGAAGAAUUGUACAUUUGAGACUGAUCUCUGUGAUUGGAUUAAUGGAGGUAACCUUAAUGAAAAUGAGGUUGGCUGGUUGCGCCGCAGGGGAGAAACACCAUCUCAUUCUACUGGACCUGUGGCAGGAUAUGGAGGAUCGGGCUACUAUAUUUAUUUGGAGACUUCCAGGCCCGCUGGUGAAGGACAAAAAGCAGAGUUGCGCAGUGUGUCCAUCAAGGCAGAGUCUCAUCCCACCAAACUGUCGUUUGCUUACCACAUGUUUGGCCCCAAUGUUCGCAGCCUCCAAGUAGACCAGUUUCGAUAUGACAAGGAUAACAAAAAGGUACGACAUACACUGUGGACUCAGAGUGGUGAUCAGGGCAACAAAUGGCAUACAGCUUCAGUGACGAUUGGUCCAAUCCAGCCAUAUGUGAAAUCACGAAUUGCAUUUGUUGCUACCGUCGGUAAUGACACGCUGGGAGACAUUGCCAUUGAUUCGAUCGUUUUGUCUUAGACUCAUACCCGUAUGGGUAACACACCACUCUCUUUGUUAGCACUAGUUUUGAAAGUAUGACUGUGUGAGGACAAUGGCUUUCAAUGUUUUCAGUUUCCAUCGGUGUUUGUCUAACUGUCGUAUAACAGAGUUAAUAGACUCAGCAAAAGUGUGGUUUAUGGUA